AUGGGCAAGAAGAAGAGAAAUCACCCAGACGUCGAGGAGAUCCUCAAUCGUCCUUGGUGCUAUUACUGCGAGCGCGAUUUCGACGACCUCAAGAUCUUGAUUAACCACCAGAAAGCCAAGCAUUUCAAGUGCGAACGCUGCGGUCGCCGCUUGAACACCGCUGGAGGUCUCAAUGUCCAUAUGACGCAGGUCCACAAGGAGACUCUCACCCAGGUUGAAAACGCGCUGCCUAAUCGUCAGGGCCUCGAUUAUGAGAUCUUCGGCAUGGAAGGUGUACCCGAAGAUGUCAUGCAAUCCCACCAACAACGCGUCCUUCAGCAGUUCUACGAGCAGCAGGCUGAGCGCCGCGCCGCCACAGGCAACCCCCCGCCUGGCUCCACACCCACCCCUGGCGGCCAGCAGCCCAAGAAACCAAAGGUCGAGACGAAGGAGGAUCUGAAGGCCCGCUUGGCCGCCCAUAAGGCGAAGAAAGCUCAGGAGGCGGCUGGAGGAAGCAGUGGAGACGUCACUCCCAUGGGACAGGGUGGCCAAAGCCCGGCUGUAGCUCAGAGCCCCACAGCUUUUCCGGGCGCUCAGCAGUAUCCUCAGCAGCAGAUGUCCUUCCCGAGUCCUACUGCAAAUCCGGCUCAGGUUGCAUACGCGCAGCCUUACGGUCAGCCUGGUUACUCCCCACCGCAGGCUUAUCCCCCUCAGUCUUUCCCGCAGCAGCCCGGCUAUGGUGCUCAACCGUUCAGCCCUAACGCGUCUUCCCCCUUCCCAGGCCAGCCCUUUGCCCAGCCCGGUGCUCAGCCGUUCCAGCCUCCAUUUCAGACUGGCCCGCCUCGUCAACCGGGCUCGGGCUCGCCUCCGGCAGCCAUGCCCUACGGCGCACACCUGCCUCCAAGCCGCACCCCGCCGAACAACGGUCACCCUCCGCCCAGGCAGGGAAGCUUGCCUGCUGCGCCUGGUCUGCCGCAGCGCCCAGCUUUCGGUGCCCCGCAAGUCAACCAAUACCAGUUGCAGCAGAUGCAUCAGGGACAUGUACCACCUUCAGUCACCGGCCAACACGGUCACCCAGCAUCCGCUCAACUCAACGGGCAUGCUGCGCAAGCUUCCCAAGGCUCGAUUCCCGGUCUGGAGCAGUCUGUCGAUGACCUCAUUGCCAGCGCUGGCAAGCCGAGCGAAGCCACAAAGACGGCUGAUUCUGAACGUGUGAGGAAGGAAGAGGAGGCCCCCAAGGCCAAGAAGGAGGUCAAGCUUGUCUACACUGAUAGCGAAAUGAGCCCGGAGGAGAAGAUGGCCAAGCUAGCCAGGUACGCAUUCAAUCCCGCCGAGAGACAACAAGAUGAGAAGGUGGUUGGCUCGCUUGAUCCCCCGGUCACUGGCGUGGUCACUGGACAAGAUGACGUGCACGACCCGUCGGGGUAG